CGAUUGGUCAUGGGCAGGGGUCGUCACUGACUUGUCACGGCAUGUCAGGGGCCUUCCUUGAGGUGUUGGGGGCCGGAUUGGCGUGCUUGAAAAGACGCAACACGCACAAGCGAACAUGACGUUGUAGAGCCGAGGCCGGUUCUGCUGGGCCGACUAUAAAGGACACCCUUCCCCCCGCCCGUCACCCCUAUUAUUGACGAGUGUUGCGGAACUAAUGCGUACGUAGACCAGAGCGGAAGGCGGAGUGCCCCCCGUCCCUUAGCUAGACGAGCGGGCACGCGCUGCCAAUUGCGCUGCGCUGCGCCACACCUUCAUCCAAGCGGAGACCAUUACGGGCCAUUGGUCAUACCGCCCUGUCGCCACCUCCCCAGCCCAAGAGCCGCUGUAGGUGGCCCACGGGUGGCCCGCGCCAGGCCAAGGCACUGGGCCCAACCAAGUUCCACCUCCAGAAGUGUGGUCGGCGUCCUGAACUUCAAAACUGCUAAACUUAAGCGUAUGUGGGCUGACACAGCCUGACACGUACAUCGCGGCGCCUUCAAUUUGUUUGGAAAGCCGACAUGGGCGCCGGACAACUUGUAACCAACCCAUCAACAAUACUGGACACCGAAGACGGCUGAAGAUGUCAAGUAGGACUUAGUUAUUGCCAUUCCUUCCGCCCGAACAGGGCGAAACCAUUCUCGUCGUGGACGCUCAAGCUCCGGCGACUCUCGCUGCGCACGCAUACUCUCCACUGAAAAAGCAGCGUCGUAAACGCGUUCCCGGCGUUCUUCAACCAUGAGCGGUACAAUCCUACACCAGGCAAUCAGGCUUCCGGCGGCGCUUCUAUCGCUGCUGCUGCUGGUGCUUGCGCCCCUGGGGCGUGUCGCUGCUCAAGCAGCCAAGAGCACCACCGAAACGCGCGAGUACAAGUUCGACAUGACGGUCACCACGGCCGAGGUGGUAGACUGCUUGACCGUGUGGUCCCUGACUCUCACCACCCAGGUCAUCAACACAGACCUGAGCAGUGGGCCGACGCGCACUCCCGUCUCUGUGGCUGGAAACGUGCGCCGCAACAACUUGGGCUGCUCGCAGCCCAUCUCGCAGCGCACCAUCGUCGCGGGCUGGCAGGUACCGCUGUCCUCCACCAGCAUCAACGUGUUCAACGUGUGGAGCGACGCCGGCCACAUCACGCUCAAGGGCGUUGCAGACCUGCUGCCCUUCAGCGACUUCAGUGUUGGCCUCACCGGCAAUGGCCGCGCCACGUUUAAGAUUGAUGCGGACUGCGCCAUCAGCCCCACGGAUCUGUUUCCUGCCACCCAGUCCACUGCCACCACCACCAUCGACGGCGUCAAACGAACCACCACUACGGCCCUCGCAACCUGUGCGGCAAAGAUUACUAGUGCUACCCAAGCUCCGGCGUUUGACCCGAAGUCCCUGCUGACACUGCAGUUUGGCGAUGACCUUGUUCUGGUCUGGGCCAAGUUGGCCAGCGUUGACAGGGUAACCUUCAAGUAUUCGUACAUCAAGGAGGUAACCAUGGUCAGCCCCAAGCAUCGCCGCAUACUGCGUGCUGCGUAAGUGGUGCUGCUUGGGUCAGCAAAUGCAGCAUGCUAUUUGAUGCCGCAUGGUGUGAAUGACAGGAGUGGGCGCGCCUGGUGGGGUAAGGUGAGGGGGUCACAAGCACUUGGCAGCCAACCAGCGUUGAGGCGCAACCAACGACACCAUCUGGCAAGGCGGCCCAACUGCUGGCUGGCUGACUGGGAAAGCGCACGCAUGACUAGCGGUCAAUAGGAGUCGGCUGAACACAAUCGCACGCCCACAUGGAAGGUGCCAGCAGAGUCUAGCCAGUCAUACAGCACGUACACCCAACGUCGCAUGAACUUGAGGGAGGUGUGCCGCAGACAGCACGCACUUACAAUCGCGUGGGGCUGCUAGGCGGGUAGGCGGCUCUGCAUCGGCGGUCGGGUCUAGAUUGGGGGCUGCGUGGUUGCUAGAUCGUUGCUGGCCGUGUGUGCACGCUGGUGCGUGCAGUCUGCUGCAGUAGCUGCCAUGAGGGGUACCCAUGCAUGAUGUUGCCGCAAGCAAGCAAGCUAACUUACAUGGGAGGGACAAAACACGACGGCGCUGCCAAGUAGCAUGUCGUGCAGUUACUUUAAAAUUGUCCUCUGUUCUUUUGGAGCGGCGCAAGGAUGUGCACUGGCGCCGAAGGCGUAUAUCAUUGUCCGUUAAGUGGCGUGCCUUGCACGUGUACAUACAACCACCUUCGUGUGGCAUAGAGAUACCGUAGUCUCCGAUGUAGUCAAGUCUUCGGCAGUGCGGCUGGUGCCAAAUACCCUGUGAUAGGUGCGAAGCUCGGAUUAUCUUGGAUGCGUAGGGCACGUGUAGUAUAGACUCGUGCGUGCCUACCGAGUGAUGGACGGGUGGGACGGGCAUAGGAUUAGAAGCACGCACGUUGAAUCUAUCCAUGAACUUCGACUGUGUGGAACCCGCGCUU